AUGGCUCGGACAGCGCACACUGCGCGAGUCCGAUCUCGAAUCGGAAAGCGGAGAACACCUGGACAGAGGGCAGAAGACAGCGACGAAGACCAGCGUGGUGCGCCUGCUUUAAGCUCAGCUGCUCCCGUUGUUGUCGAAGACGUCGACGAAGAGCCUCAAGGUGAGCCUGCUUCUGGUUCUGCAGGUCCAUCAAUGGAGGUGGAGCAGGAGGAAGUGGAGUACACUGGACAUCAACAAGUAAGUCCAACAAGAAAGCGAGGCCGACUACCUGUUCCUGGACGCACGAAACUCAAGGGCAGAACUUCUUUGGCUGAGAUUCUUGCAGCUUCGCCAGUGGACAUUGCACAGAUUCUCAUCCAGAAGGGCUUUUGCAGAGAUUCUCCUACAGCUGGAACGUGUGGAUGUGAGAGUCCAAAGUGGAAGUUGGAGCCUUGCGGUGGUGCCUACUGGCGCUGCAAAGCUUGCAGAAAGACCGUAGCUCUAACAGCUGUUGACUCAGACUUGUUUGGUGGCCAGAGACUUUCUCUUCAAGCCAUUGCAGGAGCACUUUGGCUUUACACGUCAAAGCUUCACCUCUCACCAGACGACUGCAGCCUGCUUCUUGGAGUGGACCACAGAGCAGUUCGCAGCCUUUUCGAGGCCUUCAACCAGUACUUUGUGCCCAUCAUUGACCAGUUGAAUGAUGCCACAGCGCGGAUGUGGAGUUGGACGAGAUUUCCUUUCGAUCUACUGGUCGAUCGCACGGAAUUGUCUGGCUCAGGCCAAGGUGGAGGCGGCCCCAUUUCUGUGGAUGAAAUGUGGUCGGCUCUGCUUUUGGAGUCUGACCAGCCAGUUCUGGCCAGGGGAAGCGUUUGCCACACCGAUGGUGCCAAGGCGUAUCGGUGGUUGUCGAGUCCUUUGAACGAUGGGACUCUGGUGGACGCUGCUGGCUUGAAGCUUUCGCACACGUGUGUCAAGCACAAACCGCCCCACCCAGAGUUUUCCAAGAAAAUGCGUGUCCAGGUGUGGGUGGGAGACCACUACGAAGAGCAGGCAAGAGUUGGAGGGACCCAGAAAAUCGACGGGUUUUUCGCGAGUUUCCGACGUGUUGUUGGAAGACGCCCCUUAAACACUGUAGGCCCUUCCUCCGAAGAGAAGGCGCCCCGCAUGGAGCAGCUCAUGCAUUUCCAUGUGCGACUGUUCCAACUGAAGCAUUGGUUUGGAGGGCAGGACAUGUUUGCUGUUUUCGGAAAGCUUCGACAGUCUCAAAGAGACGUUGGAGCAGUGACUUGGGCAUCCAUGUCUGCCUUCAAACCGCCUUUCGUAAACCCGGAGCCUGCACAGCGCAAUCCGGUAGUUGUUCGGGACGGAGUGCAAGUCCUCACCUUGGACUGA